AUGGAUAAAAACGCCUCAAGACAUAAAAGUGUUUAUGAAAGAGUUAUGCCGAGAGUUCACAGUACUUCUAAUACAACAUUAAGAUCAAAUGCUACGGUAACGCGACACAUAGCUUCUGUACGUGUUGGCGGCAAAAAUGGUGCACAAAAUUUGAGGUCUACAGUUUCGACUGAGCUCCCUACGGUUUUAAAUGAUUUUAAACAGGACAAAAACAUAAAGCCUACAAAACCAAUUCCCGUAGCUAAGCCCAAAAAGACUUUGCAAUCUUUGGACCCUAAAACUGUUAAUCGUAGUGUCAAAGCUUCAAGUGUUAGAAGACUUAACGCUCGGGCAUCAGCACCUGCAGUUUUAAAUUUGGGUAGUAUUGGAAGUUCUGUUAAACAAGAAGAAAUAAAAGCUUUUGAACAGUUGGAAAAAUCUAAGGAGUUUCGUGGUCGCCUUCACAAAUCCUGUGGAGUUUUAGUAGAUGAGUCAGGAAAAGUUGCUGCUGACAAAGCUGUACAGGCUGAACCAUUAGAUGAGGCAUUGCCAGUAACAUCAAGCCAAAUCUCAUGCAAGAAAAUCUUGGCUAGCGAUUAG